GUUUAAGCACAGACCACAUGACCAGCGCGUCCCUAAUGCAUUUAGCCAACAGCAGUUAGCUACUCAACUACCUUGAGAGUGAAGGAAUUAUUCCUCUGCGCUUUGUGCGGGAUUAAGUCUUUUUGGUGGAUUUUGACGGACCAGAGAGAACGCCAUGCCAGAGCCGACAGAUCUGAACGGGCCUGAUCUAGCAAAGACGCUGGGGGGUGGGGCUCCAGGGAAAGACGGAAAAGACUCCGUAACCAAUGGGCAUGCAGAGGGAGAAGUCAACCCUUUUGCAGAGUACAUGUGGAUGGAAAAUGAGGAAGAAUACAACCGACAGGUAGAGGAGGAGCUGUUGGAGCAAGAGUUUCUGGAGCGCUGUUUCCAGGAAAUGUUGGAUGAAGAGGAUCAGGAUUGGUUUAUUCCAGCGAGAGAUCUUCCCCCAGGGAUGGGACAGAUUCAGCAGCAGUUUAACGGUCUGUCCGUCAGCGACAGCAACAGCAACACAGAGGAGAUUGUGCGCAAGAGCAGCUUAAACCCCGAAGCCAAGGAGUUCGUCCCAGGAGUGAAAUACUAGGGAUCAUCCUCACCCUCUGGAGUGGAGCCCUCUCACACACACAUACAGAGACUUUUUUUGGCUGGAAUUGACACGGCCAUGUAUACGCUCUCAUAAAUAUGUACACACAGCUGUGAGGGGCUGGAGGAGGAGGGUGAGGGGUUUUUUGGGGGGGGGGAGGGAGGGAGGAGGGUUUAUCUAUAAGCUUUUUAUUUUUCCAUUUGUUACAUGUAAACAAGGGCAGGGAAUUUAGACGCAGCCUCUAGGAGGUGCCAUCGCGACCUAACAUUGUACUCAAAACAGAGCCGUUUUAUUUCUUUCUAUUGAUAAGCCGAGAAGACAGAUCACCCCAGCUCUCACUUAGAAGUCCGUGCCUGAUUAUGUAUUUACUUUCUCCUUGCCUGAAUUUUUUUUUUUUUUUUUUUUUUUUUUUUUUUUUUUUUUUUUUAAACAGGGGAGGUUAUGUCUGGCUGGGAUAAUCAUGCCCCAUAACUGUGGGUGUGGAGGGACAGUUUGGGGUGUGACUGGAUGUAAAGUGGUUCACUGGAUAAUGGGCCAGUUUGAGUAGAAUGGCAAGAAAAAGCUGUGGAGGUUUUCACAUGAAAACAUUAUUUGAUUUUUUGAGUAGAAAUUCUUACAUGCAAGAUUGCAGUUAUUUGAAACAAAACGAAGAAAAAAAGUAAAUAAAUGUAAAAAAUGUUGGUA